UCUGCGGUGCAUCUAGUCUCCGCCCCCACACGCUUGCAGCGACUGGGUGGCGGUGGCCGCUCAGGCAAAGCUAGUCGUUCCGGCGGCAGAGUCUUGUUUUGUCUCCUUGGGUAGAGUGCUGUGGCAUCAUCAUUGUUCACUGCAACCUCAGACUCCUGAGCUUACGUGAUCCUCCUGUCUAAACCAAGUAGCUGGGGACUAUAGGCACAUGCCACCACACCCAGAUUUCUGACUGUCAGACCUGUCCACAAGAAGUGCACUGGCAAGGCUGCUUUUCUGUCUUAAAACUGGAGAGUGGAUUGGUACCAUGAAGGUCUUCUGCGGGCGGGCCAACCCGACCACGGGGUCCGUGGAGUGGCUGGAGGAGGAUGAACACUAUGAUUACCACCAGGAGAUUGCCAGGUCAUCCUAUGCAGAUAUGCUGCAUGACAAAGACAGAAAUGUGAAAUAUUACCAUGGUAUCCGGGCUGCUGUGAGCAGGGUAAAGGACAGAGGACAGAAGGCCUUGGUUCUUGACAUUGGCACUGGCACGGGACUCUUGUCGAUGAUGGCGGUCACAGCAGGUGCUGACUUCUGCUAUGCCAUCGAGGUUUUCAAGCCUAUGGCUGAUGCUGCUGUGAAGAUUGUAGAGAAAAAUGGCUUCAGUGAUAAGAUUAAGGUUAUCAACAAGCAUUCCACUGAGGUGACCGUGGGGCCAGAUGGUGACAUGCCGUGCCGUGCCAACAUCCUGGUCACAGAGCUCUUUGACACGGAACUGAUUGGGGAGGGGGCACUGCCCUCCUAUGAGCACGCACACAGGCAUCUCGUGCAGGAAAAUUGUGAGGCAGUGCCUCACCGAGCAACCGUCUAUGCACAGCUGGUAGAGUCCAGAAGGAUGUGGUCGUGGAACAAGCUCUUUCCUAUCCGUGUUCAGACCAGCCUUGGAGAGCAGGUCAUCGUCCCUCCCUUGGAAGUGGAAAGGUGCCCUGGCGCACCCUCCGUCUAUGACAUUCAGCUGAACCAGGUGUCACUAGCCGACUUCACAGUCCUCAGUGAUGUGCUGCCUAUGUUCAGUGUGGACUUCAGCAAGCAAGUCAGUAGCUCAGCAGCCUGCCAUAGCAGGCAGUUUGAACCUCUGGCAUCUGGCCAAGCUCAGGUGGUUCUCUCGUGGUGGGACAUUGAAAUGGACCCUGAGGGGAAGAUCAAGUGCACCAUGGCCCCUUUCUGGGCACACUCAGAUCCAGAUGGGCUCCAGUGGCGGGACCACUGGAUGCAGUGUGUGUACUUCCUGCCACAAGAGGAGCCUGUUGUGCAGGGCUCAGCCCUCUGCCUGGUAGCCCACCAUGAUGACUACUGUGUAUGGUACAGCCUGCAGACGACCAGCCCUGAAAAGAACGUGAGAGUCCACCAGAUGCGCCCCGUGUGUGACUGCCAGGCUCACCUGCUCUGGACCCGGCCUCGUUUUGGAGAGAUCAAUGAUCAGAACCGAACUGAUCAGUACACCCAGGCCCUGAGGACUAUGCUGAAGCCAGGCAGCGUGUGCCUCUGUGUCAGCGACGGCAGUCUGCUCCCCAUGCUGGCCCAUCACCUUGGGGCAGAGCAGGUAUUUACAAUUGAAAAUUCAGCAGCUUCUCAUAAACUGAUGAAAAAAAUCUUCAAGGCUAACCAAUUGGAAGAUAAAAUUAAUAUCAUAGAGAAACGGCCUGAGUUAUUAACGAAUGCAGACCUCGAGGGCAAAAAGGUCUCUCUCCUCCUGGGGGAGCCGUUCUUCACCACCAGCCUGCUGCCAUGGCACAACCUGUACUUCUGGUACGUCCGGACAGCCGUGGACCGGUACCUGGAGCCCAGUGCUGUGGUGAUGCCCCAGGCUGCCUCGCUGCACGCUGUGGUCGUGGAGUUCAGGGACCUGUGGCGGAUCCGGAGCCCCUGUGGUGACUGUGAAGGCUUCGACAUGCACAUCAUGGAUGACAUGAUUCAGCAUGCCCUGGACUUCAGAGAGAGCAAGGAGGCCGAGCCCCACCCACUGUGGGAGUACCCCUGCCGCAGCCUCUCCGAGCCCCAGCAUGUGCUGACCUUUGAUUUCCAGCAGCCUGUCCCCCAACAGCCCAUGCGUGCCGAGGGCGCCAUGGAACUGAGGCGGCCUGGGAGUAGCCAUGGGGCUGUCCUGUGGAUGGAGUACCAGCUGGCGCCCGGCAGCAUGCUCAGCACCGGCCUCCUGGAGCCUCUGGGAGACAAGGGACACUGCCGCUGGAACCCCCACUGCAAGCAGGCCGUGUACUUCUUCAGCGCCACUCCAGAUCCCACAGUGCCACCGUGUGGCCCCCGGACAGUCAGCUACACUGUGGAGUUUCACCCCCACACCGGAGAUGUCACCAUGGAGUUCAGGCUCGCAGACACCUUGGACUGACCCUCACUUGAGAAAUAAAGUAGCCCAAGGCUGCGGGCUCUGAA